GUUAAUUUUUAUUCACAGGAAAAAAAACAGCUGUUGUUGAAAAAGAAAACAUCAAAGUGAGUUUCAUUGACGGAUGUCUUGGCUUUGUCUUUUCGCAGACAUUAGUACAAAUGCCAGCGCCAAAGAGAGGAUCAUCUUCUCAUGAUUCUCAGCCCAAGAUGAGGAAGUUGGAUGAGGAUGGAGAGGCUCUGCCAUCCAAAACUGCACCAGCUACCAAUAAUAGGUCCCUUAAAACAGGAAAUACACCAGAAAAGACAGCAGCCCCACGGACUAAGAAAAAACUUUGUGCUUCAGCAGAUGGGGGAAAUAAACCAGCCAAGUCAUCCAAACAGAGUUCCCCUCCAAAGGAUUCCAGCAAAACUAUUUCUGACCCACCUGUCAAAAAAGCCAAGCUCCUAAAAGCCACAAGUGCCUCCUGCGGAGAAGCUCCCUCGCAGAAAGUUUACUCCAAAGCUUCCCUGAAGCGAACAGCCUCGACAGAGUCUGAGGAUGAGUUGAGUAGUGAUAGUAGUAAGACUGACCUCUUCAGAGAGAGGGAUGAUGGCGACAAGGCCCGCUGCAUCAGAAAAUAUUCUAAUCGCGUCAAGGCUAAGCGCAGGGUUGAAGAGUCAACGUCUGACCCACAGGAGACAGGCCAAGGGUCACCAUCUGCACCGGGAGACCCUGUUCAGAUGGACCACAAUUAUGGUAGAUUUUCAGAUUCAAGUCCGGGAGAGGCUAAUCAGGAUGAUAAAAAAGAAUCCGCACAGUCUGUCACUGAAGGAGACACACAAGAAAUGUCAGUUAAUGCACCACAAGCAGAGUCAAAGGAAAGUGUAGUCUCUAUAGGAGGGAGUGCAAAAGCUAGCAUUGAGUUUGAGUGUGCAGCUGAUGAAAGUAAACAUGAGGAAUUUAAAAUUUUAGAAAGCCAAAAGCUCAUAGAUAAUGAAGCACUAGUAUCAUGUAGAGAAAUAUUAGACUCUGCAACGGCAACAGCUGCAGGGUCGCCUUGCCUCACAUCUGAGGCAAGGGAAAAGGAAAAGAAGGACGUUGCCAUCAAAAGCCAAAAGGAUGUAGAUAAUGAAAGACUUGCGACAUCAUCGGAAACACAAUAUUUUUGCACUGGAGAGGCAAAUCCAGGCUGUGAAGGUGAAGUACAGGUAGAUGAAAGAACAUCUUGUAAAAGUCAGACAGAUGUGAGCAGUGAAACUGAAACAAAUGAGAGCACAGAGACUGUUUCUGAUGAGAUAAAGCUGGAUAUGAAAUGUAAAAGUAAGGAAGAAGAGAUUAAAAUGAAAGGAGAUAUUGAAGCAGCCAGUGUCUCUGCAGGCUAUAGUGAUGUAGAAGAUAAAGCAUUGUCAAACGAAACAAAUUCUGCACCCGAAAAGAUCCUGGUUGAAGGUAGUAAUCCAGAGGGUCAGACUGAGGAAAAUUUAACAACAACAACAGAGUCUGUUGGCAAUCCAGGGACUCAAACAGACCUCAGUGUCAAAAUUCAAGUUACUUUCAAAGAGGAAUCAAAAUCUGAGGAUCGCGUGAGUCAUCAAGGGCCAGAUGCCAUUACCAACUCAUGUGACGGUGUGAACAAACUAGUCGGAAAGUCUGAAGAAAGUGAAAGGAAAGGAGUCGAGUUCCUGUCGACUCAGACUGUUGCUGGUCCUGGGUCUUUUGCUGAGCUACAACUGAGCCAAGUGUUGAUGGACAAGACAACUGACAGCUGUUCUGAAAUACUGACACCAGAUUGUGAGUCUGUUCCUGAGCAAAAUCAAAGCGAUGUGCUCUCUGAUUGUUUCACAGUCUCAGAGGGUCAGAUAGACGUGGACAUGCACACUAAGAUUACAUCAGAGGAGCGCUCUGACUUAGCCCCUAAAGAGGAUAAACAAAACCACAAAAUGAAAGACCACACAACAGAAAUACCUGUUAAAGUCAAAGAAGAUGCGAUGAUAAGUGAAGAAAAAGAACAGGAGACGAACUUUGAAUGUGCCGCUGCACACACUGAGAUUUCUAAUCAAGCCGCUUCACUGGAAAUACAAAGUCAAAAGAACCAGGAAGUCAGUGAAUGUGCCACAGACAUAUCUAAAGAAUUGAAUGAGGAUCAUGCAUUACAUUCUAAAAUAAUGGAAAAUGACGAAAACAAGAACUUUGAACGUACUAAUGGACCUGAGAGACAGACUACAACGGCAUCAGAAAUGUCUAAUCCUGCAUCUACGGCGGAAGUACAAAGCCAGGAGAGGCCAAUAGACGGUGACCUCACCACAGACAUGUUUGAUAAAGCACAGAAAUGUCCAGUUGCAAAUUGUCAGAACGCCAAAGAUGAAAGCAGGGUUGAUGAUGAAUGUGUUACUGCUGCUGAAAAUCAAAUAGAAGUGGACAUGCAGACAACGACAUCAGAGGAGAUAUCUAACAUCGCACCUGCUGUGGAAAUACAAAGCCAGGAUGGCAGUGAACCUACCACAGACAUAUCUGCUGAACUUCAUGAGGAUCAUAAGGUUGGAAAUAUUGAAAACAAGGUCAACUUUAAAUUGGUUACUGUCCCACAGAGUCCAAUAGAAAGGGAAAUUCAGGCUACAUCAACAUCCGAGGUUUCAAAUCCAGCCGCUUUGGUCGAAAUACAGAAAAGCCAAAUAGAAGUGGACAUGCAGACGACAGUGACAUCAGAGGAGAUAUCUAACAUCGCACCUAUUUUGGCAAUACAAAGCCAGGACGGCAGUGAACCUACCACAGACAUAUCUGCUGAACUUCAUGAUGAUCAUAAGGUUGGAAAUAUGGAAAACCAGGGGAAUUUUAAAUUGGUUACUGUCCCACAGAGUCCAAUAGAAAUGGAAAUUCAGGCUAAAUCAACAGUCGAGGUUUCAAAUCCAGCUGCUUUGGUCGAAAUACAGAAAAGCCAAAUAGAAGUGGACAUGCAGACUACAGCAUCAGAGGAAAUAUCUAACACAGCACCUACGGUGGAAAUACAAAGUCAGAAAAGUCUAAAUGAAGUGAAUGUGGACACUGCAGCAACAUCAGAUGAAAUAUCUAACACAGCACCUACGAUGGAAAUACAAAGUCAGAAAAGUCUAAAUGAAAUGAAUGUGGACCUCGCAGCGACAUCAGAGGAAAUUUCGUACAUGGCACCUACAGUGGAAAUACAAAGCCAGAAAAUUCUAAAUGAAGUGAAAGUGGAGACUGCAGUGACAUCAGAGGAAAUUUCUAACAUGGCACCUACAGUAGACACUCAGGUCCAGAAGAGCCAAGAAAUCAUUAAACCUGCAACAGACCUAUCCGAGAACAUUCAAGAAUGUCUAAUGAUUCAGACCGGUCAGGAGAUGUCACUAUCAGAGGACAUUUCCAACAUGGCAUCUACAGUGGAAAUACAAAGCCAGAAAAUUUUAAAUGAAGUGAAAUUGGAGACUGCAGUGACAUCGGAGGACAUUUCUAACAUGGCACCUACAGUAGACACUCCGGUCCAGAAGAGCCAAGAAAUCAUUGAACCUGCAACCUACAUAUCUGAGAAAGUUCAAGAAUGUCUAAUGAUUCAGACUCUUAACAGUAAUGGAAAUGAAAACAAAGUUAUAACAGAAUGUCUCAGUGCAACUGAGAGUCAAAGAGAAAUGGAUUUGCAGACAGCAGCAACACAAGAGGAGACUUCUGAUCCAACAACUACAGUAGAAACGCAAACUCAGAGAGGUCAGGAGGUCAGUGAACUCACAACAGAUGCUCAACUAUUACAUUUUUUUGUUGUUGCCAAUACUGAGAGUGAAGAAAACAAGGAAAAGGUUAUCGCAGAAUGUGUGGAUGUUACUGCAAAUCAAAUAGAAAUGGAUGCGCAAACAACACCAAUGCUAGAGGAGAUUUCUAACCCACCACCUACAGUGGAAAUACAAAGUCAGGAGAUCAGUGAACUCAACACAGAAGUUCAAAAAGAUCUAGUGACUGCAAGUUGUAAGUGUAUGGAAAAUGAAGAUAGGGGCACUGCUGAAUGUGAUGAUGCUCCAGAGGUUCAAAUAAAUAUGGAAACUACUACAACGCCAGAGGAGAUUUCUAAUGCAGCACCUACAGCAGAACUGCAAAACCAGGCGAUGGAGGAAGUCGAUGAACCCGCCAUGGUCUUAUCAAAUGAAGCUCACAACCCUCUUCCUAUGGCUGAAAGUAAGGAUAAUACAAACAUGCAGACAGACCCUAGUGCUGCGGUUAUCCAAGGGGAUAUGGAUGUAAUAAAUGGAUCGGUAGGGAGGGUAGAUUCUGCUUUAGAAGAGGAAAUGGGGAGACAAGUGAUUAAUGAAGUCAAAGACGAGGCUGCAAUCAUUUCCUCUGAUAAGGCUGACCAAACAGUCAGUGAUAUUGAACGACAAGGAGGAGGAACUGAAAGCAAUGAAGAAAUCGUUUUUGUUUGUGGCCAACCGGAUGAUGUUGAUAUUGUAAUUCAGGCAUCACAAGAGCAGAUUAAGACGGUUAAUCAGUCAGAGGUUGAGAUUCAUGAAAACCAGAUAGUGUAUGAACCCAUUAGUAGUCCGGAGAGUAAUGAUGGUAGAGAGAUGUCUACAGCAUCAGACAACCACACUGGUGUGUCUUUACUGGACAUGCAGAACACCCAGCAGAUGGAAGGAGAUUCAUCUACUAAUGAAGGAAACAGCUGUAACCUGGACAAAGAGGGAAACGUUGAGCAACAAAUGUGUGUCUCAGACAGCCAAGAAGUUGAAAUGGAAGCACAAACUGUCAGAGUGCCAGAGAGUUGUGUCCCUGCCCAGUUGGAGCAGAGUAACAUGAAUGUUGAUGGGAAACAAGUUGCAGUGAUCAGCUCUAGCGAUGACAUCAGCAUGCCAGAUGGCCUGUCAGAAGAUGCACCAGAAAGUAGUGAAAGGAAUGGGUAUCCAGACUGCGUCAGUGCCACAGAGUCUCCUGAACAGGUGCAGGAGGCCACUGGACUUCAGGAGGUUUCAGACGUCACGGUGACAACAACUACGGCCACCACGGAAGUUGACGUACCAGAUAGUACAUCUGAGGAGUUUGUGAUCUUAGAACCAAUCCCAGCAGAUGAAAUUCACUUUGAUAUUGUCACUCGAGCAGCGGCUGAAUCGGGUUUGUCAGGCUCACCUUCAGAGCAGGUGAAUCCAGACAGUGCUUUAGAAGGUGACGUGGAAAAUGAAAGGAUUUUAAAUGGUUCUCAACAAACCUUCUUCCCCGAGGCAGAAGUGCCACAAUGUCAGACAACUGAUGAGCUCAAAGUGACAAAUUCAAGUGAGGUUUUAGAUCAGGAGACCAGGCUGGGGAGAGAAAUCUCAAAUGAGGAAAGUGUUGAAGUUAUUCAAAAUGCUGACCACAGCCAGCAGCCAUCAUCUGACAUGAUGGAUGUUAAUACCUCAGAGAUUGAGAUGGCAAACUCUCAUGCUCAAGUCACAAAUGAAGACUGCAAUGCACUGGUGAUAGAGAAUGCUGAGGCUGAUUUGUACCUACAAGAAGUGCAGCUUCUGGAGGAUAUAGAGAUCGGUCGUGAGAUCGUAGUAGCCGAGGAAGAGAACGAUGAAGAUAGUGACAUUACAAUAAUAGAAAAACCCCAGGAAACCGCUGAGGCAGUCCCUCCUAAAGAGUCUGAGAAAAAGGUUAAUGAGAAAACAGGAGAUGACACCUGUGGGAGCAGCUUGAAGCAAAACAGCACAGCUGAAAAGACUGAAGAUGAUAAAAAGGCCGAAAAACCCAAGAAACAACAAAUGAACACACAGGCCAGAACCAAAGCCCGUCUGGCAGCUCUGGCUGAGCAAAAGGCUGCAGCAUCUAAGAGAACAGCAAACAGACAGCAGCUGAACCUCUUAGCUUUGUGUCAGGAGAUCGCAGAGGACAUAGCUACAGACAGCAUGCUGUUGAAGAGGAUAGAAGAAGAAAAGCAAGCAGCGGCCGCAGCAGCGGCUGCAGCAGCAGCAGCAGCAGCAGCUACGGCAACCAAUAGCGAAGCCAGCAAGAAGGAAAGUCCACCUGUUAACAUGCACGGGGCAGACACUGUUAAUGUUCUGAUUCCUGCUGGACCAGAAGGGAGCUGUGCUCCAGGGACCCCUGCUGAGGAGGCACCUACAGCCCAGCCCUCGGCGGAUGAUUCAGCUGAGGCUAAGCCUGCUGCAGAGCCUGCCGCAGAGCCUCCAAAGAGGCGUUUCUUCGUCACACAGAUUUCAGUGCCACUGAAAGUCCAUGAGAAAAAGAAGCUAACUAGGUAUCAAAGACUGAGACAGGUUGAACUGCAGAGAGAGAAAAUGUCUUGGGCACGUGUGAAGAAACUUAAAUCUGACCAAGCAAAUCAGAUGUUCUCAGACAUAGAUUGGCAAGUUCCCCUGUCUGCAUCCUCUCCAUUUUCAGUGAGUCCUGUGACCACUGCCCCUCCACCUGCAGCCAGUCCACCGAAAACACCUCUCCCAUGUCCUGCCUCAACUAGCAAGCUUGCAACACCCAAGGCAGAAGUCCCUAAGGUUGACGCUCCUGAGGCUGAACCCAGUAAGACUGAACCCACUGAAACGGAAAUCCCCAAAAGUGAACCCACAAAACCUGAACCUGCCAAAGCUGAAGCCUCCAAAACUGAGACUCCUAAUGCUGGAACCCGUAAAUCUACAAGGCAAAGUAAAGCUCAAAAUCUUAAAGAAACCCCUGCUCUGGGGCCCGUCCCAAAGGUGACCAGAUCAGCAGCCAAGAGGACCCUCCCAGCGGUACCCCCUCCCAUGCCCAACGGACUUAAUGGUCAAAAACCGAAGCCUGUUGAGUACAAGCCAUACAGACCCAGGCCCAAGUAUUCCUUUGAUGACUUUGAACUAGAUGAUGACCCGUUACCAGUAGCUCCAACAAAGCCCAGUCCUCAGUCAAGGCCCACACAGCCGACACGACCCAACGUUCAGUCAAACCCCACAGCUCAAUCUAAACCCACAGUUCAGUCAAAAUCCACAGUUUCCUCACAUCUUGCCAACCAGGCAAAGGUCAAAGCUCAGACUACACCUGCUGGACAGAUCUCAGGUCAGUCAAAGCCGACUGCUACAGCUCAGGCAAAGCCUGCCGGUUCCACCACUCCACAGUUAAAUCCUGCCGUCGCGACAACAGCCCAGUCAAGGGCCACGGCUAGUGCCGCGGCUUCUUCGAAACGUGUUCCGCCAGUUCAAGCUCAAUUAAAGUCUCCUGUUUUGACGACCCCUCAGUCAAAAGCUGUUUCAGCUCCAGGUCAGUCCAAGCCGGCUGCUUCUGUUUCUCCUCCGUUAAAGCCUGCUGGUAGUGGAGCUACAGCUCAGCUCCAGCAGUCAACAGCAUCUCAGUCUGCAGGUUCAACCACGUCUGAGACUAAGCCUGCUGCUCCAAAGGCCGACGUUGGUUCAGUGCCUCAGAAAACCCCAAAUCCACCGUCGUCAGAAGAUGGCAAAUGCAAGGAUACAGCUGAUCCCACCUCUUCCCUGCCCUCUGAAGACUUGGAAGUGUCUGAUGACACACAGAAGAGUGAAGUAAAGCCUGCAGUCACUGGUGUUGAUCCUACUCCGGAGAAUAAGAUUGAGACAGCCGAGAAGGCAACGGAAAAACCUCAAGACGGAGCAGCGGAGCCACAGGAUGACAGGACUCCUCUCUCUGAUGCUUGUCUGCAAAAAGAAGUGAAGAAACUAAAGGAGGCUGACAAAGAUUGCACCCAAACCAUUAUUGAUGCAGGACAGAAGCAUUUUGGAGCAGUGGCCUGCAGCGUGUGUGGGAUGCUCUACUCUGCUGCCAACCCUGAAGAUGAAUCUCAACAUUUACUCUUCCACAACCAGUUCAUCAGCGCUGUCAAAUAUGUGGGAUGGAAAAAAGAGAGGAUACUGGGAGAGUAUCCUGACGGCAAGAUCAUUCUUGUCCUGCCAGAUGAUCCCAAAUAUGCUCUGAAGAAGGUCGAGGAGAUCAGGGAGAUGGUGGACAACGACCUCGGCUUCCAGCAGGUGGAGACCAAGUGUCCCUCUCAGACCAAGACUUUCCUCUUCAUCUCCAAUGACAAGAAAGUGGGCGGAUGCCUUAUAGCAGAGCACAUACAAGAGGGAUACAGGGUGAUUGAGGAGCCAGUACCGGAGGGUUCAGAGGGAGAAAAGGUGAUGUUUGAACGUCAGAGAGCUUGGUGCUGCUCCACCACACCGGAGCCGGCCAUCUGCGGCAUCAGCCGCAUCUGGGUGGUCAACAUGAUGAGACGCCGCGGCAUCGCCUCACGCAUGCUCGAGUGCCUCCGGAACAACUUCAUAUACGGUUCGUACCUGAGCAAAGAUGAGAUCGCUUUCUCCGACCCCACACCCGAUGGAAAACUCUUUGCCACACACUAUUUUAGCACUUCUCAGUUUUUGGUUUAUAACUUUGUGAGUGGAACAAGCUCGUCUCAGCCCAACGCCGAUGCAGUAUGACAGUCUUCGGGAAAGGUAACCAUGGAUUUAACGGAGACGCCCACUGACCAACGGGACGCACCGUCACUAACCACUAAACAGUGUCUGAUGCAGAAUCUGUAUUUGCAUAACCAUUUAAAAAAACAAAAAAAAAACCUAAAACUGUAAAUUACUCCUUGGAGAGGACACACAUUGGUUUAAAUCUCAGGAUGAAAACAACGAGGUGUUGUUGACAUUUUUUUUUAUUAAUUCACCCCCUUAAUUCCUCCCCGAAUAGUAUUUUGGAAAAAAAAGGAAGAGUAUUUUCUUUAUACAUUUUUUUUAAGUAAACAAUUGGUUUUAUUAGAAGUAUAGAGUUUACAUGGAUGACCUGAGAGCAAUAGAAAACAAGGAGCAUUUCAUUGGAGAAGCAUAAGGUUGACCGGCUGCAUUAAAUAAAAUGGUUAUUUUGGAGUUUUGUUCUCAUUCAGUUUGAAUGUUUUUUUACUUACAUUAUGUAGUAAACUACAGUAUGUGUACAUUGAGGGUUUUCUCAUGUCAAUCUUUUAACAGGUAAAAGCGAUUCCACCAUCGUCUUCAAGUUUUGUUUUAAGCUUAAAGGUCACGACUGCAUGAUUUCUGUUGGGCGGUUACAGUUGUCGUUUUUCCACAUCAGUCCCCGGUGAUUUAAUCAGACGGACUCAUUUCAACAACCUGGUUAAGGAGAUGUGGCUUAGAGAACUGUAGCUUGGGCAUUCAUUGUGUGCUCUACGUUUCUUAGAUCACCUUGCCUGAAAACGUUUAGUUUUCCAAGCUGAGCCAUACACUGUACACAAUUUAGCAGGGCAUUGUAGCCUAUACUGUAUGGGUGACGUAUUUUAAUUUCACAGAGGCUGUCUAUUGCUUUGUUUGUGCCUGAAUGAAUAAUGUGGGACUAAAUAUUUCGAUUUCUUUUUGUUUUCUUAGCCAUACUUUAUGGCUUUUAAUUGAGUUAGUGUAGAGUAUCAUCCUCCUAUUCUUUAGUAACAACAAAUUAAAAUGUAUAUCAAAUUAUCAUGUAGAGUUAUGCAUACUAUAACAACAUUUAUAAUGGAUGAGCAAGGUCUUUUGGCUCAGAUGUUAAAUGGUAUUAGAGAGUGAUGGUAAAUGGCAUCCAGGUUCAGCCUUUAUGAUCGCCAACAGGAACGUUUGCUCAGCGAUCAACACGAGGGGUUGAGAUGAACCUCCGCCUCUCUCAACACAGAUUUACAGUAUCCUUGUACUCCAUCCCUUAUUUUCUUGUUCAAGCAGUUGCUUUUAGAAAGAUGUGUCGUGUAAGAAAAAGAAAUUUGAUUUAUACGAGGCUGUUAUGUAAAUAUUUAUUUAAAUAAUAAACGAUUUAAAACCGUU